AUGGAUUCCUUCACCAAGGCCGCCAGCUUCACAUACAACCCUGGCCCGAAUCAAGAACCCGAGCAAUCCUUCUCGGCCAUCCUCGACAUCCAUGUCCACCACGCAAGAAACAUCCACAACAUAUGUAUAUAUGACAACCAGGACGUGUACGCCAAGUUCUCCCUAACGUACAACCCAGACGAGACUCUCUCGACAAGAAUCAUCAAUGGCGGAGGCAAAAACCCAGAUUUCAACGAACGGCUCAUCAUCAAAAUCCACCAGCCGGGCGCUGUCUUGAAAUGCGAGAUAUGGAUGCUCAGCCGGGUGAAAAACUUCAUGGAUGAUCAGCUUCUCGGUUUCGCUCUGGUCCCUAUUUCUUCACUUUCUGGGAAGGGUAAAGUGAUGCAAGAUUUCGAUCUCUCGUCCACCGACCUCUUCCACUCGCCAGCUGGAACCAUCAAAUUGUCGCUCACUUUGGAUGAGAAGAGUUCCCUCCUCACGAGCCCCCGAGAUGUUUUCUUUUCCGAAUUAGUAGUCGACUCUUGUCCGACGACUUCCGAACUCUUGACGGAUAAAAGAAUCCCGGAAGAGUAUUCGAGAAUCGAGUUUCCUGACAUGAACGUGGUGAACGAGAACGAGCAGAUGGUCUCCGAGUACUUUGAAAAAAACGGGCGUGCCCUCGUUGUGAGGCCGUGGCUCGAUAGGCCCGACGGGUCAUUUCUCCAUCUCGGUUCAAUGCCUGACCCGGACCAUGAAAUGGCUAAUAAUAAUUCAUUGCAUGAGUUUCGGGCCGGGUCGGUGUCACCGGAUGGGAGCGUGCAGAACUCGGGCUUUCUGAGCUCGACCAUGACGAGCUUGAGCGAUGACCGGGCCUCGGCCGACUCCAUGGAGAAAAAAGGCGGGUUCUUUGCGGAUUUAUCGACGUCUCCUGAUGAAAGUGAAUUGUCCACCUCGAAGAAGGCCGAGGCCCGGGAAGAAAACGGGCCAGGUUUGUGCAGGAAAGAAGAGGGAAGUGACACGAAUCGGGCAGCGCUUGUGCGGAAUGUGACGUGUGAGGCCGAAGAGUCUGUUAUGCAGAAACAGAUAGUGGAUAUGUACAUGAGGAGCAUGCAGCAGUUUACAGAGUCCCUGGCGAAAAUGAAGCUCCCGAUGGAUUUGGACAAGCCCAAAACCGGUGGCUCGGGAGAUUUGAUUCGGGCGGAUGCUGAUAAGAAAAUUGAGAUGGAGGAGAACGAGAAAAAGGAGAGUAAUUCAAGGGUGUUUUAUGGUAGCAGGGCUUUUUUCUAG